GAUCGCGAUGCACGCACUGGGUAGCAGCUGUUUCCGGUACUGGGCGGAACAUACUGGGACUGAAGAGGUGCUAGCGCUGUAGUUGGGGUGCGCAUCGUCGGCCAGGUAUUGGGGCAGUUCACACUGUGUAAGGAUGAAGUUGUAACAUCAACUCAUCCCGUUCCUACCGAAAAUCCUGUCUCAUCGGUGCCUGUAAUGUUGCACUUGUACUUUGAUCAAUAAUUGAAGAGCUGAUCAAGUCAGAAGCUAAUACACUGAGAAACUGCAAGUAGCAAUUUCCUUUCUUAAUAGGAAAGAAGAAAGCAUGCAAUCGAGAAAGAAAACGGAUUUUUUAAUCAGCUUAAAGCUGUUUAAAGUAUUGGGCCUUGUGUAUCACCUUCAUUUCCUCAAGCCUGUUACGUGUGUGCUAUAUCCGCCUCGCAAUUUGUCAUUUGUGUCAGAAAACUUCCAUCACACCCUGAUGUGGGAAGCUGGACCAGAUACACCAUUGGACACACGCUAUACAGUGAAAUACAUCUCUUACAGUGAACCGGAUGAGUUAGUCGCUGCGGAAAACUGUGUGCUGAUUGUGAACAGAACAUGUGAUCUAACAGAUGAUUUUAGUGACAUCUAUGGGAAUUACUGGCCACAAGUUAAAGCAGUUGGAGAAAUGGAUGAAUCCAAUUGGACUUUCGCGGAUAAUCCCAUUCAACCACAUGGUGAUACACACAUACGACCAAUUAAUGUUCAGCUUGUGGAGUCAUCAGUUGGAGUGAUUAAUGUUAGUUUUGAGAUUGCAGCGCCCCCAGUGCUUAUUUCACACAACUUAAAUGUCAAAUCAUUGAUCGACAUCUACAUGAAAUUGAAAUAUCGCAUUGGUGUAUAUAAAGAUGGAAAGUUGGACAAGAACAGAGAGCUGUUGACAAUCACAAGCAAAAGAAAUAUUAAUGAAAUAUUUGAAAGUGUGGAACCGAACUCCACGUACUGCUUUACAAUAAAUAUAUUUAGCCUACAAGAAAAAAACACCGAUCCUUUGGAAAUGAAAUGUAUAAUCACACAAUUUGUGAACGAAGAUAAGGGUACAGAAGUACCUACAGCUGUGUUGGUAUCUGGUGUUUGCAUUAUAGUAGCUGUGCUCAUCAUCAUCGUGGUACUAUAUAAAACAGGUGGCCUUGCUUUCUUCAGCAUGUAUGUUCCACAAUCUCUGAAAAAUUUCAAAUACACCCAUGCCACCCACAAUUACAACAAUGUGCAAGAAAAAUUCAACAUUAUCGACCGUGUAUGUGUCAGUGAAGUGAAAAUGCAACCCAUUGAAGAAGAGAGUGAGAAGGAGUUGAUUGAUAAUGAGGAGGAAUCAGCCUAUGAGUGUCAUUUUAUGCCUGUAACUAUGCAGGACAGCGCUCAAAGCUCCAGCCUAGUUUCUGACAACAGAACAGAUGGAACUCGCGCAGUGGCUUGUAAUGAUCAACAAUUUGAGUCCUUCACCAACUUUGCUGAAUGUGAGAUGAUUCCUACAGAUGUGACACAAAAUGAAUGUACAGACACUGAAAUAACGAGCCAGUUAAAAAUAAACCACAGCAGUAAAAGUAGCUUGUCUUCUGCAAGUGUCAGUACAUCUGAUGUCCCUCUGUGCUCUGUCCAAAUCCAAGAUCCAGACUGCUCUUUUGUUGACUUUUCAAAUGUACGGACGUGUGAUCAGGAGGCAUGUGAAUCUAAUAAUGCUGGAACCAAUGAUCCGAGUGAUUCUUUGACCUCUGACGUUUUUGUCAACACUGAAUUUUACCAAUCUGUAAAACCUGUUCAGUGCGACAUACCGCCCUGCUCAUCGUUUCGCCAGGCUUUGCAUUCUAAUUACAUGAGUCGCUGAAGGAAGUUUGCAUGCAGCAACUAUGAUGAUGACCACCAUAAGCCUGCUCAGUUUACUCAGAGCAUUUUGAAGUAACUGCACCCAAUUGCCUGGCGAUAGCUGAAUUAUUUUACCAAAGAAAUAAGAUUUUUCUUUUUGAACGCAACCAAAAUUACUUAACUGGUUAUACUGCGGAGAGGAUUUAAUAUGACUGAUUGAUUUUGUUCAUCAAAAAAUAAAAAUGUUGGGGUGUACUUGGUUACUUAUAAUAUAGAGGGGCACUCUGGCACAGCUGGUAAAGCUGCUGCCUCACAGCUACAGCCCACAUUGGGUUGACACGCCUAAUAGAACUGCUACCUCCUACUUCCAGCGACCUGGGUGCAAUCCUGACCUGUGGUGCAGUCUGUAACAUUUUGCACAUCCUCCCUGCGAUGAGUUGUGUAUCCUCCCAAUGUGUAGGAACGAACUGCAGAUGCUAGUUUACACCAAACUUCUCACCAGAGAUGCUGCCUGUCCCGCUGAGUUACUCCAGCAUUUUGUGUCUUAUCUCCAGUUAACCGUAAGUCCUCCUCUCGAACAUUGGUAGAUUAGCAUUUAAAUUAGGAAAACUGACAAUAAUGGGAAUGCUAGUAAACAGCCAGGUUCCUCCAUCACAAUUUCUGUUGUACCAGUGCAGAUCCCUGGAGAGUGUUGCGGAGCAGAGAGAAGAUGUAUGGUUCACUGAAAGUUACGUCGGGUUUUACAGGGUGGUGUAGAAAGCCUUUGCCAAACUUGCCUUAAUUGGGGAAAAAAGCUGGGGCAUCAUGAUGCAGCUGUGCAAGUCAUUGGUGAGACCAUGCUAGGAGCAUUGUGCGUAGUUAUGACUGACCAGCUAUAGGAAGGAUUUGUUUAAGAAGGAACUGCAGAUGCUG